GAAAGAUUCGGGACGCCAGGAAGAGAGCAGCAGAGUGUGAGCCUCCCGCUGAAUGAAAUUGAACGGCCAACUCAGUUCAUUCAUUCAACUUUAUGAGGAAAUUUGACAGUGUGUGCCAAGCAUUACAUGUUAGUUUGUGCUACCAGGUGUGCGCGUGCAUGUUUGUUAUUGUUGCUGGAAAUCUUUUGCUUAGGGUGCGCGUGCAUACCUGACUUCAGCUGCAGUCGUGUGUAUGUGUGUGUGAAGAGCACCGGAGAGUCAUGUCGGUGUCGGUUAUCAUUAAGUGGGGAGGUCAGGAAUAUUUCAUCAGUUCUCUGUCUGAGGAAGACACGGUGUUGGACCUGAAACAGUCCAUCAAGACCUUGACUGGGGUCCUGCCAGAGAGACAGAAACUCCUGGGACUCAAGGUCAAAGGUAAACCAGCAGAGGAUGAGAUGAAGCUGGGCUCUUUGAAGUUGAAGCCUAAUACCAAGAUCAUGAUGAUGGGUACCAGAGAGGAGAGUCUGGAAGACGUUUUAGCCCCUCCACCAGAGAAUGAUGACGUUGUCAAUGAUUUUGACAUUGAGGAGGAGGUCAUUGAAGUGGAGAACAGAGAGGAGAACCUGGCAAAAAUAGCUAGAAGAGUCAAAGAGUACAAGGUAGAUGAACUAAACCCUCCUAGAGAAGGCAAGAGGCUCCUGGUUCUGGAUGUGGACUACACACUGUUUGAUCACAAGUCAUGUGCAGAAACAGGUCAGGAGCUGAUGAGACCCUACCUUCACGAGUUCCUGACAUCAGCCUACGAGGACUACGAUAUUGUAAUUUGGUCUGCUACAAGUAUGAAGUGGAUUGAUGCAAAAAUGAAGGAGCUGGGAGUGACAGACAACCCUAAUUACAAGAUUACGUUCAUGCUGGACAGUGGGGCCAUGAUUACGGUACACACCCCAAAGAGAGGAGUUGUGGAGGUGAAGCCCUUAGGUGUGAUAUGGGGGAAGUACGGAGAAUUUUAUAACAGGAAGAACACCAUUAUGUUUGACGACAUUGGAAGAAACUUUCUUAUGAACCCACAGAAUGGACUUAAGAUCCGACCCUUCAUGAAGGCCCACCUCAACAGGGAGCGGGACAGAGAACUGUAUAAACUGUCUCAAUACCUCAAAGAAAUCGCCAAGCUUGACGACUUCAGUGGACUCAACCACAAACACUGGGAGAGGUACCUAUCUAAGAGGCAUCACCACUGAAGAGGGACUAUAUUAUCAGCGCAAAGACUUGGAGUGGAUGCAACCAAUGCAUCAUCCACUUGUCAAACAUAAGAACAAACAUAAAGUCCUUCAUACCAAACCUCACUAAAAGUCCAACACUAACCCUACAAUUACACACAAGGUCAGAACCUCAGGACUGAGAUGGGCUUCCCAGUUUAUAUAUCUGCAUGUUCUCUGCCUUCUCUUAGUCUGGAACAUUUGUUUGUUCAAAUAUUGUUUACAGUUACUAUCAGUGUGCAAGGUGGAUUGUGGAAAACAAAUCCUGUUUGAGACCACACUGAUUUAAUGUCACAGACUCCAGCUCACCUGUUUACUCAUGGUGGUCAACAAGGGUUUAAUAUAGAUAACUGAGGUCCACUAUUUCCUGAAAGUAUUCCAGAUCUUUUACACCUUCUUGGUAUUUUAGAUGGGUGAAUAGUAGCAGAUGUGUUAAGUUGAGUACCAGUAAAAAUCCUCUAUCAAGCUUCUCUGCUGUACCAAGUGAGUAGGAGAAGAUACAAAUCUAAUUUCCUUAUGGUUAAGGUCAGUAGCCUGCCUUCAAAGAGACUGACCGGCAAAAAGCUAAAGAACGAACAGAAACAAAUAAGCAAAAUGAAGUUACAUAAGCAUUGAAAGUGUUUUCAGUACGCGAGGAUAUUCUGGUAAUUUAACGUGUUUUUUUUAAUGUAGUAUUUGGAGUGUCUGUUUGAUUUGUAAUAAAUGAAGUGAAAAGUUGGAACGUCUGGAAGUUUUGUGAGCAUCAAACAAAUCACAGCAGCCUCGACAUGCAGACGUAUGCAGCAAUUCUUAAAACUACUGAGAGACCAAAAUCUGUUGGUCUUAGAACUGGCUAGCUAAAAUAUUUCAUCGAAACAAGUGGCGCCAGUGAGCAAGUGUGACACCAUUUGCUACGUGUCCGUAGGUCAGGCUUCCAUGGCUUGAUAUUCAUGUGCAUACAUAUCCAGAAACGUAUUCAUGUUUUUCUGUGCAUGCUGAUUCUGUUACAUCACAGGACGCAACACUCGAACGGACAUAGAGCAUAGGUUUAAUUUCUUUGAUGCUCGUUAGAUCGUGACAGCUCUUCAUUGAAAUGUUUCUGGAACAUCCAAAUGUCAAUGAACAAAAUGAAGGUGAUGAGAAUACAAGAACUGGAUAGCACAAUUUUUUAAUUGUGUGUUUUGUUUUUUUCUCUUUUGUAAUUGACGUGGGUUUUUACACAUUUCAGUACUUAUUAAGGUGGGCCUCAUUCUAUGAAGCUGAAGCUCUGGAAACAUAAGCUAUAUGAUAUGUCAAGCAGUCCCUGGAAAUUCAGUUUCUUUUCAUUUCUUGAGCUCUGCCUUUUUUGUGUGUUUUCUUCAUUACAUUGACCAAAUUGUGGCUGUAAAUAGGAAAAUAAACCAUUUUUUGUACCUCG